ACUGGAAGAUUUUCAACUGAAUUGUUUUUCUCCGUUUCAUGGCUUCCCCAGCUAUGAUUAAUAGCAUGUUCUCUACAUCGCCACUCUCUCCAAAAUGUUUCUACAAGAACCAAACCCUAGCUCUCACUAACUCCAGUUUCUUGUCUUCCACUUCCUUUUUAAGGUUAAAGAGAAAGACACUUUUCUCAAAUAUCAAAUCUAAGCAGCCCUUAGCACCAAGACCCCUUGUUUUUGCACUUCAGUCCAACUUCUUCAAAGUUAUGCAAAAUGUAUGGAAGGUUGGGAAGGAUGGAAUUGAAGCUGGAACCAAUCUAGUGCCAGACUCUGUACCGAGGCCGAUCGCAAGGAUCUCUGUUACAGUAGUUGCUUUGUCUGCUGCACUUUUUGUACUCAGGUCAUUCCUGUCAACAGCCUUUUUUGCGCUGGCCACGAUGGGACUUGUUUAUUUCGUUUUUAUUGCCUUGAACAAAGAUCAAGCCCCAAGAGGAGGUGGUGGCGGUGGCAGUGGCAGUGGCAGUGGCAGUGGCUCCAUGGAAGACCCUGUAGAAGAAGCAAGGAAAAUAAUGGAAAAGUACAAAUGAAGACUGCAAGAUCAUUUAUAGUUAGCUCUCUAUCAUCCGAAAUUUUGUAUUGCACUUCUAUAUAUUGUAUAUGCACUGUAAAAA